AUGGCUGUCGCAACACAAGAACAGCCGGCCGCCGGGCCCGCCUCCGAGAACCUCGCGGCCGUGAAGCCGAAACGUCAGAAGAAGCCUCUCCCCAAGCAAAUACACUAUCCUUUCUGGUUUGGUGGUUCGGCAAGCAGUUUCGCCGCCUGCGUGACACAUCCUCUUGAUUUGGUCAAGGUUCGUCUUCAAUUGCGCUCCGGAAAUGCCCCCAGCACCAUGGUCGGCACCUUUGGCUAUAUUGUUCGAAACGAGGGCAUACUGGGACUGUACUCUGGGCUCUCUGCCUCACUCCUGCGGCAGAUGACGUACAGCACGGUGCGCUUCGGCGUCUACGAGGACCUGAAGCGGCGGUUCACCCCCGAGGGCGAGAAGCCCUCGCUGCCGCUUCUGAUUGGGCUGUCGUGCUUCUCGGGCUUUUUGGGAGGCAUCUCAGGCAACGCCGCUGAUGUGACCAAUGUGCGCAUGCAGCAGGACCGCGCCCUCGCCCCCGAGCAGCGCCGCCACUACAAGCACGGCCUCGACGGCAUGCUGCGAAUGCUGCGCGAGGAAGGCCCCAAGUCGUGGUUCCGUGGCGUCUGGCCCAACAGCGUGCGCGCCGCUCUCAUGAACGCCAGCCAGCUUGCUUCCUACGACACCAUCAAGGCCGCCCUGCUGCAGUAUACCCCCCUCGGCGACACCACCACCACCCACUUCACCGCCAGCUUCAUGGCCGGCUUCGUCGCCACCACCGUCUGCAGCCCCGUCGACGUGAUCAAGAGCCGCGUCAUGAGCGCCAGUGGUAAAGGUCAAAGCAUGGUUGCGCUGCUGCGCGACAUCACGGCGCAAGAAGGCGUCAAGUGGAUGUUCAAGGGCUGGGUGCCGAGCUUCUUAAGGUUGGGACCGUAA